ACCAUGUGGAUUAGAUUACAGUCUGCUUCUGUAACAAUUAAUUGGUUAAUUAUGUACUGAUGAAAAUAUCUGGUCGUUCCACCCAAUUUUAAGAAGUGUAACUUGGUUUAAAAAAAAGUUUGAUUUCACAUCAUUUUAACAUUCUGUCAUAAAAAGCACGUGUUCAACUAAAGAAAAAACACGUUUUCCCAUCAAGAGGUUUAAUGAAAUAUAAAUACUAUAGUAUGUGCCAAAUAAAGUAACACGUUUGACUGUAAUGGGGGACAACUGAAAACAACAAAACCACUAUUUUACAUUGUAAUAUUAGUCCUUUAAAUCAGCCAUGAAUCCUCUGGUGACGGGAAUGGAAGAUAGUAUUGUAUUGUGCAACAACGAGUAGCAAUUGAAUGCAAUUUUCACAAAAAAAGUUGUUAAAAUAUUUGUAGCAUGUCUAUGUCUGGGUAAAAGGGUUGACUUCCUCAGUUCUCCACCACAAAACAGCAGUAAAUUGAUAAAAACAGUAGAACCAGCUCACCUGCUUUUACUCUGAUUUGACUAUUAGAUGUUCAAUGUUUCUUUUUCAAAAAAUUAUUCAGGACACCUGACUAUACACCAACGCAUACACACAGGAGAGAAGCCUUAUAGCUGUGAUCAGUGUGGGAAGAGCUUCAGUCGAUCAGGACUCCUGACUAUACACCAACGCAUACACACAGGAGAAAAGCCUUAUAGCUGUGAUUAUUGUGGGAAGAGCUUUGCUCAAGAUUCCACCCUGGUCACACAUCAGCGAAUACACAGAGGAGAGAAGCCUUAUAGCUGUUAUCAGUGUGGAAAGAAUUUCAGGACGUCAGGACACCUGACUAAACACCAACGUGCACACACAGGAGACAAGCCUUAUAGCUGUGAUCAGUGCGGGAAGAGCUUCAGUCGAUCAGGAGACCUGACUCUACACCAACGCAUACACACAGGAGAGAAGCCUUAUAGCUGUGAUCAGUGUGGGAAGAGCUUUGCUCGUUCAGGGUCACUGAUAAAACACCAGAAAGCACAAACAUGUUUUCUUUCAUCUCCCUUCUCUCUGGCACCGGUUCCAGAUCCCUAAAUAAAGUUUACAUAGAAAACAUCUUGUAAACAGUCAUCCAUCUCCCAUUCUCUAACACUUUACUAAGUCUGAUUGCCAUGGUAACAUGUGUAGAUAAUAUGCAGCUCUGGAUCCAUAUGUAUCAAGCGUCUUGGAGUAGAAGUGCUGUGUGUGUGGUGGGGUGGCGGAGGAGGUGUUCAGAGCUAUCUUUUAAUUUAUGAACUCAUAUUAUCCAUUAAAUAAUGUAUAAUAAAAUGUUUCACCAAUGGUAGGUGUAUAUUCAUGUGUGGGGGAAAUGUUAUCUGAAGAGAGAGCCUUGAAUUGUACUUGUCUCAUACAAUCAUUGGUUCCUGUAGGUAGAGUUAUGAGGGGAGACGGUCAUGACCCCCUCAGACCUUUUGGCAGAACGCUCAGAAUAUGUUCUAUAAUUUACAUGCAGGAACCAAAUGUUAAUGAUGAAUAAUGUAAAUCAUGCUAAUAUAACUUGUCUGUGUAAGCAGUAUAUAAGAGGACUAACGGGACUGCCCCGAAAGAGCUCCUGACCGACAUGUACUAUGGUGCAUUAAGUUUGUUGGAAUCUCUCCAGCUUGCUGAUA